CUCUAGUCUUUCCCUGUUUGCCUUGUAGGACAGAGCAUCUGCUAGAUCCUUGGAUUUCCUUUCACAGCUGCUGCUGGCCGUUGUUGGAGAGCUGGACUACAGACUUGGAAGGUGAAGCUUAUUGUUGAAGAUGGCAGACCCAGAUGUUCUCACUGAAGUUCCGGCGGCAUUGAAGCGGCUAGCCAAGUAUGUCGUCAGGGGCUUUUAUGGCAUUGAGCAUGUGUUGGCCUUGGACAUCUUGAUCCGGAACCCCUGUGUAAAAGAAGAGGACAUGCUGGAGCUGCUCAAGUUUGAUCGGAAGCAACUUCGAUCCGUUUUGAAUACUUUAAAGGGAGACAAGUUCGUCAAAUGCAGAAUGAGGGUAGAGACUGCUGCAGAUGGGAAGACCACCCGCCAUAACUACUACUUCAUCAAUUACCGCACUCUUGUUAAUGUAGUGAAAUAUAAGCUGGACCACAUGAGAAGGAGGAUUGAAAUGGAUGAGAGAAAUUCCACCAGUCGGGCUUCCUUCAAAUGUCCUGUCUGCUGCAGCACGUUCACUGACCUAGAUGCUAAUAGGCUGUUUGAACCCACGAUAGGAACUUUCUGCUGCACCUUUUGCCACACAGAGGUAGAAGAAAAUGAACCAGCAAUGCCCAAAAAAGAUGCCCGCGUGCUUUUGGCAAGAUUUAAUGAACAAAUUGAGCCCAUUUAUGCAUUGCUUCGAGAGACAGAGGAUGUCAACUUGGCCUAUGAAAUACUUGAACCAGAACCCACGGCAAUCCCAGCCCUGAAGCUGAGCAAGGACCGAGCAGCAACUGCUUCUGGAGCUGCUGGCCUGGCAGGUGGAUGUCACCGGGAGGCGCAGACCAACAAAGCCCCCUCCUAUGAGGACUUGUAUACUCAGAAUGUUGUCAUCAACAUGGAUGACCAAGAUGUUAUGCAUCGCACCUCGCUGGAAGGGAAAGCUGCCAAACAGAGACCCGUUUGGUUGAGAGAGAGCACGGUCCCAGGGGCGUACAGUUCUGAAGAGAUGAAGGAAGGUGGCAUGGAUGUGGACACAGUUCAGGAGCACAAGCAAGCCCACGCAGGGCCUGAUGACAAUGAGGCGGUCAUGCGCGUUCUACGUAUUCAUGAGAAAAAGACUUCUUCGGCGACCACAGCUGGCUCGGUGGGAGCAGAGGCUCUGGCGAGGGCUGCUAAUAACAGUGACUCUGAGAGUGAGACCAGUGAGUCGGACGACGGCUUUCCACCCCGGCCAGCAGCUGCGGCUCCUCCUCAUCACCAUGAAGAUGAGGAAGACGAAGAGCUUGAGGAAGUAGCAGGUGACCCCAUUGUUAUGGUGGCUGGCUGUCCAUUUUCCUUCAGUGAAGUUAGCCAGCGGCCAGAGCUGGUAGCCCAGAUGACACCAGAAGAGAAGGAAGCAUACAUAGCCAUAAGUCAGCGCGUUUUUCGGGAUCUCUUUGAGUGAGCUUUCCCUGCUUUUUCCUGCCGUUAGCCCAUUUCAGAGAGAAACUUCCCAUCAAGUGCUUUAAGGGCCUUCCCACCUCUUUAUGUAAAGCACCUGUUAAUCUAAUACAGACGCAUAGUAAGAGAAAAUUUGAUUUAAUUUUAUUUAUUUAUUUAUUUUUACUGUAAGGAACAUCCCAGAAAGGUAGGAAGGUUAUAUUCAGUUCCCUUUUAUUACUAAAGUAUUAAUAUCUUUCUCUAUUUCCUUAUCUAUUUUUUUCCUUUCCCUUUUAAGACAUAUUUUUCUCACUCUGACUAAAAUGUUCCUGUCUCUUCAGAACCCUACUUUGGAUUAAACAUUUCCUAGUCUUGUAGCUGCACUGUGGUCAGGCAUUUGAGACAAUUCCUUAUAUUCCUGUCAACCAAAGCAGCUAACCAAGAAACAGACCACUGCUUAGGGGAACACCCAAACAUGUCAUCUUCCUCAAAACUGAGUGUGGGGUCCACUCUCCUAGGAGUCCAGGAGAAAGGGGUGCCUGAAUCUCAGGGUUGUGUGUAAACUAGAAUCCAUGUCUGUAAAACACAUAUGGCUGGUAGAUUGUUUCAUUUUCAUAGACCUUUCAAGCUAUACUUUAGGUGACAGAUAACAAAGCAGGUUAGGUAAGGAGUCUCCAGUGUUGAAGAACAGAGCACUGGGAACUGUGCCUUAGAGCUGCCUCAGAGCAACUUGGAAGUCUCAGAUGUAAAGCUGAGACUGGCCCCACUUCUCCCACUUAUUCUGUAGACCUAUGCUAGUGCUCUGAAUUGAAGAGCCUUUCCAGUCCAGAGCAGUAGAGAAGUGCUGAUUGCCCCGCUCUCCUCACUCUUCCAAAGGUCAUCAAAGCCUUUAUUUGUCUCUCCUUCAAACAUUCAGUGCCUCUACUGUGUGGUUGAGCAUUGUAACCUCAAGGAAUGUAGUCAUUAGCAUGGUGUUAUUCCUGAAGGCACAACUUUCAAAAUAAAGGUUUUCAUAUAAGGUCUACAACAAUUAAAUUUUGUAGUAUUUUCCCUUGCAUUGGGACGUUUAGUUAUCAUUUUGUAGUAUAUGUGUGAAGCUAAGAGCGAAGAAUCUGAGCCUUGUGUAACGAGAUGACAUAAUUACUUGGUUGUUAGAUGACUAUUGACAGUCUACUAACUGCAGGUCAAAGCUAGUUAACUUCUAGCUCUAACUUCUUGGAGCACAACUAGAAUGAGCACUCUCCAUUGAAAGAUAUUAGAGGCUUCUGACUGGCCAUCAUCUAAGAGCAUAGGUGCAAUUCUAUGUGAUUUAAACUUUUUUGGCAAUGCAUUGCCUUAAGAAAACCUUUUUAUGUAUUUAUAUUAAAUUCACAAACUGUUAAACUUUAAAGUUUUGUUUUUUAAACUUUCAUGGUUGUAGAAAUGUUAAUUUGUAAAACAUUAAUUUUAAAACUAUGCUCUUUGUUGCAUUUUAUCUCAGAUUGUAUUAUAAUUAUAAUUAUAAUUAUAAAUGUAUUAACAAAGGCACUCAUUCCUCAUUAAAGCUGCAUUUGAAAU